AUGAGAAAAUCAGGACGCACGCCAUGGGUAGCCUUCAUUGCCCUCUGGUCUACAGCCUUGGCGCAGUCCGGGACUCUGGGUUUAGGUGAUGGCCUCAUCACGUUCAACACGCCGACAUUCGCGGUACAGCUAGUCAAAGACUCCCAGACAUUGUACUCUUUGAACACGAGCUCCGGCUUCAACUUCGUCCCGACUGAUAUGAUGACUCUCCGCCAAAACAACAGUAACUAUCACUUAGGCGAUAUGACGUUUCGAGCAAGGCAGGUGGGUUCAACGAACUGGACGAGUGGAGACAGUGCUUUCUCUCGGAGGCCUGUCACCGCCUUGGCCGCUUCGGGGAGCAUGCUGGCGGCUGCGAACCUGGCUCCUACUUUGCCAUCAAAUUCACUGUUGAAUAUCACCCGUGAAUGGGCACUCAAUGAAGGCAUCUUCGAGCUCGUCUUCAAUGUCACGAACUCAAGAAAUGUCGCCGUGGAGAUCGGCGCCCUUGGGGCACCUCUAGAAUUCAACAACAUAUUCACAAGUAGAACUGCUGCACAAACGAAUGAAGAGUGCAGUCUAUUCGACCCUUACAUCGGUGUCGAUGCUGGCUACGUUCAAGUAACGCCGCUACUAGGCACACUUCCUGCUCUAGUGGUGCUCCCAGUCGGCUCUUCUCCCCUGGAAGGCUGGCGAUUCCUCCCUGAAGAUACCACCAACCCGCCCUAUUAUCAAUCACAGACCUUCGAAGGCCUCUACGAAUGGCAGUUCCACACGCUAGCGUAUGCAGAAAACGAAUGGUCUGGUGUAGAACCAUGGAACGCACCCACAUCAGUGACACUGCAGCCUGGCGAAUCGAGGACUUACGGGCUGCAGUUCCGGCUGGCGUCGUCCAUCCGGGGUAUCGAGGAUACGUUGAUCGAGACUAAGCGCCCCGUGGCGGUGGGUAUACCAGGUUACAUUCUCCCCGCAGACCAGGAAGGGAAGCUUUUCCUCAACUACGCGUCGAAAGUCCGGUCUAUCUCGGUCUACCCGGAGGGUGCCUUGACAUGGCGGCCUAAUACCGAAUCCAAGAACGCAUCCUGGGUCGGGUAUACUUUCACAGUGUCUGCUUGGGGUCGCGCUCGUCUGACUAUCACGUAUGAGGAUGGGACGACGCAGACAGUGCACUAUUAUCUCACGAAGGCUGGAUCUCAGGCCAUAGCUGACUUGGGCAACUUCCUGACUACGUCCCAGUGGUAUAACGACACGUCAGAUCCAUUCCACCGAGCGCCCUCCGUGAUAAGCUAUGACAGAGAGGUGAAUGCUAUCGUGAAGGACGACGCGAGAGUCUGGAUUGCGGGGCUCAGUGACGAAGCUGGAGCAGGCUCGUGGUUGGCAGCCUCCAUGAAGCAGUAUGUCCAACCGAGUGCAGAAGAGGUUGCGAAGAUGGAAAUAUACGUCAACCAGACAUUGUGGGGGACUCUGCAGAACUACAAUGGCACGGUAAAAAAGUCUGUCUUUUUCUACCAACCCGACCUCGUACCAAGUUACGCCUACCCGUCCAGCAUCGACUGGACCCAGUGGUGGUCCUGGAACCAGGCCGCGGCAUGGGCGACCGACCGUGCUUAUGACUAUGUCCACGUUAUCGGGGCGUACUGGUCGCUCUACCGCGUCGCCCGAAACUAUCCUGACAUCGCGAAGGUCCGUAAUUGGGAGUGGUACCUCAACCAGGCUGUGUUGACUGUGGCGGCCAUGACCGAAGAUAACGUAGGAUAUGUGAACGACGGUUUGAUGGAUGAGACGGUGAUACGCUUCCUGCUGGAUGAUCUGAAGAGGGAAGGUUUGACCGCCAAUGCAUCCCUUGUAGAGAAUGCGAUGCGGGCUCGUGAGUCCAUAUGGUCGGGAGAGCGUUAUCCUUUUGGUUCAGAGAUGGCCUGGGAUUCUACCGGUCAGGAAGGCGUCUAUGCCUGGGCCAAGUAUUUCAACGACACCACGACUGCGAUCAAUGCAAUAAAUUCUAUCAUUGCGUUUCAGCCGACUGUGCCGCACUGGGGAUACAAUGGCAACGCCAGACGAUACUGGGACAACAUCUAUGGAGGAAAGCUUCAGCGCAUUGAGCGUCAGAUUCACCAUUAUGGUAGCGGCUUGAACGCAUUGCCCUUGAUAUCGCAGUUCCAGUCCGAUCCAACAGAUUUCUAUCUCCUACGGACCGCGUACGGAGGUUUGAGCGGACCGUUGUCCAGCAUCGACGAAGGCGGAUUCGCCUCGGCAUCCUUCCACUCUUUCGAGGACACACUGAAAUGGGAUGCAUACUCCGGUGACUACGGCCCCAAUUUCGUUGGUCACGCCCUUGGGAUGGGGACGUACAUAAUUGAUCAUCCGGACUUUGGAUGGCAGGCGUUCGGAGGAAAAGUGCUGUCCGCUUCUCCGACUGUCCUUGUCCAGACUCUCGAUCCGGUUCGCCGCAGGGUGUUCAUUGCCCCGCUGGCGAUUCUGCUCAGCCUAGACGCGGGUGCCUUUUCAACUGUGCAAUACGAUCCCGGGAACAAAAGGUUGACCGUUACCAUCGUGCCGAAGGUCGAAGGUUCCGUGAACGCGGCCUCCGCGCCUCAAGGUCGACUUACCGUAGCCCAAACCGCUGUCGUUUCUGGGGUUGGCUCGGUAACCCCUGCUGGCAAUAUGACUCAGGAUGCGGGUGCAUGGGUAGUGCCUUUCAACAACGGGAAAGGACAAGUGGAACUAGUCAUACAAUGA